AUGUGCGCUCCUGCAGCGACUGGGAAGGUAAACCGGGCGAUCCCGACUCCUUUUCUCCCCGUUUCUUGUUCUUGUUUAGGCUAGGACUUUGCCUGCUUAGUCCUCACCAGGACCGAGUCUCCUCCGUCUGCUUCCUCGUGCGCUCCCGGAGCUCGGCGCUGGCGAGAGUGCUUCUGAGCAUGCACAGAGAGACUUCCCUAAGCUCCGCCGAGGAAGCGCGCAGCGCGGGCAAAGCUUCCAGGGGCCUGAGGGUGGGGAAAGUAUGGAGGCGAAGAAAUGGAGCUGGUUUGUGCCUAACUGGGCUACUGGACCGCUCAAAACCAGUUUGGGCUCAUUCAGUUUUGUAUCGCCUCCUUCCUUUUGACUGGCAGCCGGGAGUGGGGCGGGGAGACCCUUUACCCUGGUACCUGAUAUCUUUUAGGAUAGGAUAGGGACCGAACCUGGGACAUUUCCCCUGCAAAGUGUGUGCUCUUCUUCUCCUCACCAAGGCCGAAGCGUUCCCCAGCUAAGAACAGGGGGGCUUCAUCCGCCCAAUAAUCUCUCAGAGUCAAUGUCCAAGGAUGUGUCUUCAAGUCAGCUAUGACCAGGGCUGGCCCAUGCAUGAGGCCAGGUGAGCAACCGCCUCGGGUGGCAGAGCCCCAGGGGCAGCAGAUCACAGUGUUGAUCUCCCUCCUGCCUUCUCCCUGAUGUCAAUCUUCUCUCACUCCUUCUUCCCUAGCAGAGAGGGGGCGCACCCCAAUUUGGGGUUUGCCUUGGGUGCCGAAAUGUCUAGGGCCAGCGCUGGCUAUGACACCCUGUGACCAGCAUCUCAGUCAAAAUGAAACCCCUCUUGAUAGUUGAGGUGGCUUUUGUUUUCUCCCUCGUUUUAACCUUGUGGUCUUCCUGUGUAUGUUUGCUGGGAUGUGUUUGCUUGAUGGCUUGGAGGAAGUUUCCCUCUUUGCCCCUGGAGAGAUCCAGUCACAUGGGGAAGAAGGACAAGAGAGGUGGUGGCAAGGAGACGACCAGGUGUGUGUGUGUGUGUGUGUGUGUGUGUGUGUGUAAAUUCAUACUCACUCCGGAGCCAAUCUGCAACUCCUCACUCACCCCACCCGGAUACUCAUAUUUUUUUCCUUCUGGAGAGUCCCCAACACAACCCCACCUUGUAAGCCUCGAGUGUUCGAAACUCUGAAAAGUAACCAUAGAAACACUACUAAAAGUUCUCUUCCAUGUGAAGCAGCCUCCUCCCUGGAUGAAAUAACUGUCUAUAUAUAGAGAGCUCAUAUACGUGCCAAUAUGGAGGGAUUAGGCGCAGAUCAAAAUACCCGUUUUGUGACUGGAGCUGAGGCUCAAUUUUCUGGCAUUGUUUAGAGAUGAUGCCUAUUAUCCGGGCAGUGCCUUCGAUUCCUUAAGAUUUAAUCUUUUAUUUUAUAAUUUUAGAUCCCACUCAUUUCCGCUGCGGUCAUUUGUUGUCGUUGUCCUUGCUUUGCUGCACAUGCCACUUUUUAAAUAUAUAUAUAAACUAGAAAGGUUCACCAUAACACUUUGCAGGGAAUUAAUGAAAAAUAAGCUGUCUGUCUGCAGUUUUUCUCUUGGCACUUUUGAAUCGGCACUAUCCUGUGUUUCUGUGCUUUCUCCAUUCAGCAGACAUUCUCCGCGCUUAUACAUAGCGAUCUAUCUAUACCUACACGAGAAAUUAGAUAGAUAGAGCAAUUAUGAUUUAGUGCCCUAGAGUGUGUGACUUAUUGGGGAAAGGCUGUAGCUUAGCAAAAAAGCAUCUGUGUUGAUGCAGAAGGUCCUAACUUCAAUCCUGGGCAUCUUCAGGUGGGACUGGGGAUGUCUGGGAGAGCCACUGCCAGUGUACAAAAUAAUAAGCUAGGUGGACCCAGUGGUUUGACUUGGUAUAAGACAGCUUCCUAUGAGCUAGGAAGUCCCCUCAGCAAUUAAUCAUAGAAUUGUAGAGUUGGAAGGGACCCCAAGGGUCAUCUAGUCCAACCCCCUGCAAUGCAGGAAUCUCAAUUUAGCCCUUCGUUCCUCAGACGCUCAUCUGCAAUAGGAUAAUAAUGCUAACAUACCUUGCAGGCUUCUUGUGAGAUCACUGAAGAUAAUGCACGUGAAGUGCUUUAAACAUUCAUAAAUCGUGGGGAUUUCAUCCAUAUUGCUUUUUGAUCAAUUGAUUAAACAAUAGUUAAUCAAUUAUACACAAAAGGCAAAUGCUGGGUGUGAGCUAUCCAUCAAGACCUUCUGCAGCAUGGUGCAUGAAUAAAAUCAUUCAAAAACUCAGCAAAUUUCCCAAGUUUUCAUCCAUCCUUUGCCGGAAUCAUUUGCCACUAGAGUCCUUCACUGGUGCCUCUUAAUUGUUUUGGAUUUUGGCAGGUAUCAAUUAUGAAGUUGUCAUAAGGUGUCAAAUGCAAAAUGCCAUUCUAUAUUGUGUGAUAAAUACUGUCAGAUACUAAAUUCUACAGCAAACCAUCAAUCAAAAACAAAAUGCACCUGCAUUUUGACUCUCGGAGGCAGUCAGAAAUAAAAUAUGCUGUGAUUUCAAUCUUCACAUCCUAUCACAUUUCAAAUGUUGAAAUAAAAACAGACCAUCUUAGCAAAUGCAGAUAUCUGGGGCUUGAUCCCUCUAGGGCAGGGUUCAGCAAGCUUUUUCAGCUGUGGGCUGGUCCACUGUCCCUCAGACCAUGUAGUGGGCCGGACUAUAUUUUGAAGGAAAAAACCAAACGCAUUCCUAUGCCCCACAAAUAACCCAGAGAUGCAUUUUAAAUAAAAGGACACAUUCUGCUCAUGGAAAAACACGCUGAUUCCUGGACUGUCUGCGGGCCAGAUUUAGAAGGCGAUUGGGCUGCAUCCGGCCCCUGGGCCUUAGGUUGCCUACCCCUGCUCUAGGGGCAUAGUUUUGACAUGCUUAUCUGUAGCUGCAUGGAUGAGAGGCUGUAUGCACAACUAAAUGUUGUUUGGCAUGCAACCAACAGUGUGGGACUCCUUAUGAAAAACACUCAAAUCCCACUGUUGGGUUGCUGGAGGAGGCUGGGGGUGGGGAGUGUCUGGAUUCAGCCCUUCCCAUUCUCCUUUCCUGAGCAAACAGCUGAUUGGCAGGAUUUUAAGUAUUUAAAAAUGGGCUCGUCAUUAGCAGCAUGUGCCAAUUGGGAUGAUCAAGUUUCCUGAGUAUAUCCAGCAAAUUUUCCAAAAGUGAAGAGGGUGCCUGCCCUGUGCUCCACAUCAAAGUUUGCGGAGGGAAGAAUUCCGAUGUAUUUUUAAGCAGAGGUUGGACAGCCAUCUGUCGUGGAUGCUUUAGCUGAGAUUCCUGCAUUGCAGGGGGUUGGACUAGAUGACCCCUGGGGUCCCUUCCAACUCUACCGUUCUAUGAUUCUGUGAGAUACUUUGGAAGGAAAUGUGCCUUGGCAAUCAAUGUACAGAGCGACUUCAUUGUGAAGACAUCCUGGUGCGCUUAAGAAAUCCAGACUUUUAAAUAUUGUUUUAAGAGACCGUGCUAGUAAAGGAAAACACAUUGCGAUGCUUUUGUCUGGAUGGUCAAUGCAGGGAAUCAGCUGAGGGUCUUAUAUCAGCCUGGCAGAGAUCAGUAGGCCCAUCAACCAGCCCAUCACAGAAUAAUAUAACUGUAAGGUCUGCGACUGGACUUAACUGUCAGGGGUCCUUUACCUUUUACCUUUAAGGUUGGAAAUAUUCCCCAUACCUGUCUUAGGGAAAAGUGCAUUUGGCAGUACCACAUCUCAGAGCACCCAGAUCUUUUUUUAAAAAUAUUUUUUAUUAAGAAUUUCAACAUAACAGUUUAUCAAAAACAUAUCAUCCUCAUUUCCCUCCCUAUUUUUCCCUCGCCCUUCCCCAACAGAACCCCCCCCCCGACUUCCCUCAGCUCCUCUCUCUCUCUGGUUUUUCAGCACAUGUUAUUCUCUGCAUAUUAUAACAUUGUAAAGAUCAUUAAUUUAUCUAUCUAUAUGUUACCAAUAAUAAAUCUGUGUAUGUUUAUUCAAAACCUGCCAGUUCAUUUUGCUGUUUCUUUAAGUACUUUGUAAAAGGUUCCCAUUCUUCUUUAAAGUCACAGUUGCCCUUAUCACGUAGUUUGUGUGUCAAUUCCGCCAAUUCUGCAUAGUCCAUCGGUUUCUCUUGCCACAGUUCUUUGGUCGGGAUUUCUUCAUUCUUCCAUCCUUGUGCUAUUAAGACUCUUGCCACCUUUGUCGCGUACAUGAAAAUGUUUUUUAAUAGAGCACCCGGAUCUUUAAUCCAUCUUCUGACAAUGUCUCCUGAACACGAGUGGCGGCACUACGGUCCUCAUCCAAUACUUUAGAGGUGUUUAAUAGACUCCCCCAAAUUGUCCUCUCCAGCGGAAGAACAAGAGAUGGAUUGUGGAGCAGGGUCUUCCAGGGCCCUCUGCAAUUAGGAUUAAUUAUGUAUACGCAGCAUUCUGCCUCCCCCUGCCCCCAGCUGCAACCACACUUAAGUGGUGCCAUCGAAAUCAAUGAGACUUCCUUUCAGAUCAAUAGGUUUGAGGUUGAAGAGUUCAUUCGCCAAGCACUUUUGCAAAGCUCCCUUUGUUUUGUUUUUUUUAAAUAAUAUUUAUUAAAGUUUCAAAAGAAGAAAAAUCACAUUAAUAAAAAAAUUAACAAUAAAAAGGAAAAAAAAAGAAAAGAAAAAACAGUUAAAAACAAUUCCAUCUUUUCAUCACUUCUUUUACAUUUACUUGUUUCCCGGACCUCCUCAUACCUCCCUCUUUUGUAUUCCAAUUCAAUUUGUUAAUCCAACAAUUCCUUUCCCUCCUUUUUAAUCCUAAUCUUUAAUCUUGAUAUAUUAUAACUUUAAAUUUUUACAUAUUAAAAACCAAUUUUUCCAUAUUCUUUUGUACCUGUACAGCUAGAAACCACUUAACUUCAAUCCAACAUCAUUCUAACAUUCAUUAAUUUUGCAAUAUUUCUGUAAAUAGUCUUUAAAUUUGUUCCAAUCUUCUUCCACCGACUCUUCUCCCUGGUCACGGAUUCUGCCAGUCAUUUCCGCCAAUUCCAUAUAGUCCUGCAAAGCUCCCUUUGCACAGUUACCCUGUGAGGGACUAGGCCCGGGCUAUGUUCCCUUUUAGAGCUGGGGUGGGGUGGGGGUGGGGGUGAGGAGACCUGCCUGAGGCCGAUUCCUGCCUGAGGUCACAUUUGAACCCAGGUCCGGGUUUGUAAAAGAGUCGUGCCGGGGUGUAGUGAGGGAGAGAAAUCAACGCUGAAGACCAGUGUGAAGUUUGGGAUGCACCAUGUCGAAAACACCCCGCUCUUCGUGUUUGGAACUUGGUCAACUGAUGGGUUUGGGGGCUUGUCUGGUUUGGCAAAUGUAAGGGAGUUUUUGAGCAUCUCUCGGGCCAGAUGGGGCCAGCCUCGUAUGCAAACACAGCCUUCGUAUCUUGAAAGAGGUAACCUGUCCUUAUGAACCCGAAAUGGCACGUCCCAUGCAGAAGACAAAAGUUUUAGAGGAACCCCGUGGGUUGCAGAGGAAACUGAUGAAUACUGGGCAUGCUCAGUAGCCACGGAAUGCUGAGCAUGGGGGAGGAAAAUGGGGGGAGGAAGCAGAAUGCAAUGGAGUAUCUUGAGCCAGGGCAUGGCUGGCUGGCGCUAGAGUAACUGCAUGCCCUGCUUUGCGGAGAACAGUUCUUUCUCUGAAAGAAUCCUGUAUUUGAAAGGCUGUCUACUGUGAGUCUGGCUUAAGCCGACAGGGAAAAAGAAACCAAAGGAGUGAGAAAUGGGGGCAGGGUCUUGAACUUGCCUAUUAACAGUUAGCAGCACCUGGAGAGGUGAGUUGAAUUGUGCUGCUAUUUAUUUAUUUAUUUUAAUAUAAAUUUUUUAUUAGUUUUUUGACAUAUCGUUUUCAACAGUAAUUAAACAUACUUUCAUAUCUUACACCAUUUUUUUUACUUCCAUCAAUCACAUCUGAAAAUUUUCCAAUUUAUUCAAUAAAUAUACAUUUCUUACUUCCACAAUUACAUUUAACUCAUAACUAAUAUCUCUAUUCUUUCUCUACUUUGCAAUGCUUCAUACAUUUCUCUUAACAAAACUUCUUGUAGUCCUACUAGCGUAAUUUGAUGAAUACAGUUGCUCUUCAAAUAGUUUGUAUAUUUCUUCCAAUCUUCUGUAAAUCUCUGGUCCCGCAGGUUUCAAAUCCUUCCUGUCAUUUUAUCUAAUUCUGCGUAGUCCAUUAACUUUGUCUGCCAUUCUUUUUUCGUCGGAAUUGCAUUGCGUUGUCAUUUAAAUCCUAGAACCCCUGUUUCUAAAUUUUCACCCAAAUGUAUAAAUUAGCACAGGCAGCCUCCAUAGAAUCACAGAACUGUAGGGUUGGAAAGGACCCACCAGGGUCAUUUAGUCCAGCAUUGCAGGAAUCACUGCUAAAGAAUUCUUGACAGAUGGACACCCAAGCCUCUGUUUAGAAACUUCCAAGAGGGUCCACCACUUUCCAAGGUUAUCCGUUCCACAGUCAAACAGUUCUUGCUGUCAGGAAGAUCUUCCUAAUGUUGAGUCAGAAUCUCCUUUCUCAUCAUUGGACUCCUUUGAGUCGGGCCCUACCCUCCAGAGCAGUUGAAAACCAGCUUGCUCCAUCUCCCAUGGGACAGCGCUUGAGAUAUUUGAGAUAGGCUAUCCUAUCGCCUCUCAGUGCCCUAUUUUCCAGGCUAAACACACCCAGCUCCUUCAACAGUUCCUCAUAGGGCUUGGUUUCCAGACCCUUGAUCGUCUUGGGUUCCAGCUUGUCAACUUUUUGCCAAUUGCUGGAAGACUCUUCUGGUUCCUAUAUGUGGUAAACAUUUCUCUCUCUCUCGGCCUCUUUUUGCCAUUUUUGUGGGAGAGUUGGAGUUUUAGAAACUCCUGUGCACUCUAAUUAUUUGGGGUUCUGCCCCAUGGCCUGGGACUUGAGAAGCUAAAUUGCCAGGUGAGCUAAAUCUUCGCGAACUUCGACAGCAGUCUUGAAACUUGCAUGUCUGACGAUGGAGAACUUCUCAUCACACAUAAACCACACGGGAUUCUUCAGCUUUCUUCUGAGACUUGAAUGCCAUGCAGAGGUGCCACCAAAAGCCAACCCUGAAGGCUCCAGGGACAGUGUGGCUUCUGGACCAUCCUAGAAGAAGAAGAAGAGGAGUUUGGACUUGAUAUCCCGCCUUUCACUCCCCUUCAGGAGUCUCAAAGCGGCUCACAUUCUCCUUUCCCUUCCUCCCCCACAAGAAACACUCUGUGAGGUGAAUGGGGCUGAGAGACUUCAGAGAAGUGUGACUGGCCCAAGGUCACCCAGCAGCUGCAGGUGGAGGAGCGGAGACGCGAACCCGGUUCCCCAGAUUACGAGACUACCGCUCUUAACCACUACACCACACUGGCUCUCGUACAGGCCCACAGCUGAAGUUCUUCUACUGUUUCAAAGAAAGAUCUCCACAAUUCCUAAACUAGCCUGCGCUGGCAAGGGGAAAGCUUGAGGGCAGUACAUUUUUAACCCAGCGCAUAGAACUAUGGAAUUUGCACUUGCAAGAUGAAGGGCUGGCUAUCAGGUUGGAUGGCUUUAAAAGCAUAUGGGGCAAAUUCAUGGAGAAAAAGGCUAUCAAUGGCUACUAGCCACAAUGGCUGUGCUCCACUGCUGGAGGCAGGAUGCUCUUAAAGGCGCAGACACCUGAAUAGCAGGCAUUUUCAGGGUAUUUCUUUCCAGAAUGCGGCAGCUAGACUGGUGACUGGGAGCGGCCGCCAGGACCAUAUAACACCAGUCCUGAAAGACUGGUGUUCCCAGUACGUUUGGCUCCCAGUACGUUUCCAAGCACAAUUCAAAGUGUUGGUGCUGACCUUCAAAGCCCUAAAUGGCCUCAGCCCAGUAUACCUGAAGGAGCGUCUCCACCCCAUUGUUCAGCCUGGACACUGAGGUCCACCUCCAAGGGCCUUCUGGCGGUUCCCUCACUGCAAAAAUUGAAAUUACAGGGAACCAGGCAGAGGGCUUUCUCGGCAGUGGCGCCCGCCCUGUGGAAACCCUUCCACCAGAUGUCCAGGAAAUAAACAACCACAAUGGUACCUCCGGUUACAGACGCUUCAGGUUACAGACUCCGCUAGCCCAGAAAUAGUACCUCGGGUUAAGAACUUUGCUUCAGGAUGAGAACUUCAGGAGGACCCAUUAGCUAAAGUGGUACCUCAGGUUAAGAAUAGUUUCUAGUUAAGAACAGACCUCCAGAAUGAAUUAAGCCCUUAACCCAAGGUACCACUGUAUCUGACUUUUAGAAGACAUCUGAAGGCAGCCCAUUUGAUGUUUUAUCGUGCUUUUAAUAUUCUUUUGGAAGCCGCCCAGAGUAGCUGGGGAGACCUGGCCAGAUAGGCUGGGUAUGUAAUAAAUUAUUAUUAUUAUUAUUAUUAUUAUUAUUAUUGCAAUGACGAGAGUUUGUUCUGGGCUGAUGCAACACGUCCAGGUGUGUGCUCUGACAUGCUUCCGUCUCUUUCUCUCCCUCUCCCCUUUCUAUCCUCUCCCCUGCUUCUCCCUCUCUCCUCGAUUCAAUCGAACAGGUGUUUGUUCAGCAGAACUGCGUGGGAAGCGAUGCGAGCAGAGCCUGUGUGGAGGGAGAAACUCAUCAGGGCUGCUGAAAACACCGUAGAGAGGCGCUCUGUGGACUGAUUCGACAUUACGAGGUACGACAGAUUGCUUUAAUGAAAACGCGACGCUGCAGAGCGACAACACUGUAACCAGCUGUGCUGGAGACAAGACUCCGGUCUCAGAGCUCAGCUUCCUUACUGCACCCACAUGAUGGUCUCAUCUCAGCUGCUCUGCAGUGCCACCACUGCAGAUGGGCACAGGGUGGUACUGCAGGCUGUACCCCAGCUGUGAUCAGGUGACGCAGCAGAGCCAAUAAGGUGCCACCUGCCCCUUUAACGUGACUGACUCUAUCCUGGCUCCUCAGUUUGUAGGACUUGUUAGUAUAUUUAUAACCACUUUCUUACUUACAACACAGGAAACUGCUACCUUGUGUCCAGUCAGAGCAUUAGCCUAUCUUGCUUAGUAGUCUCCACUUUUAAAUUAAUAUUAUAUUCAAUGCUCCAAUAAGCUAUGAAAAAGUGCCAAGUAUUAAUUGAAUUGGUUUUUCUCAGUCGUCCUCCCCAAAGUUCACAAAUAAAUCACGGCGGUUUAGCUUAAGUUCAGAGCAUCCCGAAGCCUUCCGAACCCACUCCUAUAAAAAGGCCCUCUUUCGCUGCCAAUUUUAGUGGUGGUGACGUGAUUAGGUUAAAAAUAGUUCAAAUAUCCUUGCAUGCCACCCCUUUUAAAAUCUGGAUAGAAAGAGCAAGUCAGGGAAACAGCCUACCGCCAGACCAAACUUAGACAUUUCUGCUCAGACAUAAACCCACGCUGAGCUGUUGUGGUGAUUCUUUUUGUUAAAAUUUGUAUUUCCAUCGAUCUCAGGGUGGUUCACAAAAUGAAAUUAUAGGAAACUCAAAAUAUAUAAUAAGGAACAAAAAACAAACCAAUAAUCCCUCCUCCCACUACACAUUUGAAAGGGCUUUGGGUGUCAACCAGCCAAAUAUCUGGUUGAAGAGGAAUGUUUUUCUCUAGAGCCUAAAGGUUUAUAAUGAAGGUGCCAGGUGAGCUUUCUUAAGGAGAACAUUCCACAAAUGGGGAGCCACCAUAGAAGAUGCCCAUUCUUGUGUUGCCAACAUCUGGACCUCUUGCGGAGGAGACACACAAAGAAGGGUGAUCUCAGGCUCCAUGUAGGUUCAUAGGAAGAGAGGCAGUCCUUCAUAUGGCCCUACCUGGUUCAAUGGGGCUCGCUCCCAGAAUAUAGCAGGGUGAAUGGCUGUUAUGUACUGAGUUGAAUAGGAUCCAAAAUGCAGCAGUCUGAUUGGUCCUAGAACAAUAGGAUUCAGAAUGCAGCAGUCUGAUUGGCCCUAGAACAAUAGGAGCCAGAAUGCAGCAGUCUGAUUGGUCCACAGGAGCCACCCAAUCCAGCUCCAGGUGGAAGUGAAUCUGCAACCUGAUUGGCCUACAGGAGAAUCCCAGAAUUAGCCAAUCACGUGGGGCCCAUUGGGUAAAUAAUGUAUAUAAGGCAGACAUUUUGGGGGAAUGUCCAUUCCUCCUCACCGGUAUGAGCUGAAUAAAAAGCAUGAAAUCCACUCUCAACUCCGAGUAUAUUUCAAUGGCAGAGACAGGUUAGAUUCUGUGGCCCUGCAGAUGUUGUUUCCAUAUGAACCUACCUGGACCCUGAGAUCAUCUUCUGAGUCCCUCCUUCGUGUGCCUCCUCCUUGAGAGGUCCAGAGGAUGGCAACACAAGAACAGGGCCUUCUCUGCAGUGGCUCUCUGUCUGUGGAAUGCUCUCCUCAGGGAAGUUCGCCUGGUGCCUUCACUAUACCCCUUUAGACACCAGGCAAAAGCAUUCCUUUUUAACCAGGCCUUUGGUUGAUCUGAUUGACAUCCUAUGCCCUUUUAAAAUGUGGCUUUUUGUGGGGGGGGGAGGGCUCUUGGGCUUAUUGCUUUUAUUUUUAUCAUGUAUUUUGUGGUUUUAUCUCUUGAUUUUAUUUUGGGAACCGCCCUGAGACCCCUGGGUAUAGGGUGGUAUAUUAAUAAUAAUAAUAAUAAUAAUAAUAAUAAUAAUAAUAAUGUGUGUGCCUCACACAGUUAAAAUAUGCAUGGUAAAGGAAAACGUUUGUUGGCUUUCCCUUCAAAAAUCUGGCUUCUGCACAUGGAUUCUGACAAGAGGCCCUGAGGCCAAAUGAGCAAAGAAAGAAAGAAAACAGAACCUCAGUCCAACCAUUUUAUCCCUGGUCAUUUGGCAACCUUACGGUUCAUGCAUCAGAGCAGGUUUCAUCCUUGCUCUAUACCUCCCGCCCCAAGGGAGACUGUAAAUGCAAAAGUGUAACAAAGACGGAUGGUUGGCAACAGAUUCGACGGCAAGGGCAUUCUGCAAGUGAACACACUUCACUUUAGGUUAUGAAGCCGAGGCUGCCAAGAACAUCACCAUAUAUCCCAUGAUGUCAGCCUUGUUUUGCCUCCUGAAAAUCAAUGUCAAUUUCAGCUUGGCUCCAAGCCCUCCGGAUUUGGUUUGUAAGAAGCUGCCUCUCGCUUCUUCGCUCCACCUUAUCUGGUUGCAUAUUGAUUGUUUUUAAAGACAGAGAUAGUCUUUAAAACAAACAAAAAAACAAGCAAAACAGGAGAUAGUUGCCUAGGCCUUUCUAGGAAUCCCAACAAAGCAGAGGGAGAGAUAGCAAGCAAAUUCCAAUUCUGGAACUCUGUUGCGGGGUGGGAGAGAAAUCCCAAUAAAGACAGAUUUAUUAUUGCAGUGUCAGGUGCUUCAGAAAUGCGCCACAAAGCACUUUGCAAGACCUAAUCUUGGCGCCUGGGAAGUACUGGGAAGACAGAGCUCGUUCCGCCUGGCCUUUGGUUUGGACUCAGUCUGACCCUUAUGUUUUCCCUCCCUUUACGGUUUUGAUCUAUGGGCUACUUUUUAAAUUGCAUUUUAAAUUGCAUUUUAACUUGCAUUUUAAAUUGCAUUUUAAAUUGCAUUUUAACUUGUAUUUUAAAUUGUCCCCCCCCCAUUAUGAUUUUACUGUAAAUUUACUGGUGUUAGCCACCCUGAGUCCAGCUCUGGCCGGGGAGGGUGGGGUAUAAAUAAAAUUUAUUAUUAUUAUUACUGAGUACUUUGUAUGAUGCUUCCCAAUGCCCCACAACCAGCUGAUUGUCUGGUUUUUGUUUUUUUGGGAUGUGUCACGCAAGAGGCUUUGCAAACCCCCGCUGUCGGCACAUCCCUUAAGCAGUAAAAGGGACCCCUGACCAUUAGGUCCAGUCAUGACCGAUUCUGGGGUCGGCCAUCUCACUUUACUGGCCGAGGGACCCGGCGUACAGCUUCCGGGUCAUGUGGCCAGUAUGACUAAGCUGCUUCUGGCGAACCAGAGCAGCACACGGAAACACCGUUUACCUUCCCGCUGGAGUGGUACCUAUUUAUCUACUUGCACUUUGAUGUGCUUUCGAACUGCUAGGUUGGCAGGAGCAGGGACUGAGCAAUGGGAGCUCACCCCAUCAUGGGGAUUCGAACCGCCGACCUUCUGAUCGGCAAGUCCUAGGCUCUGUGCACCACCCACGUCCCUUAAGCAGAGGCUUCUCAAAUGCACGACAACCAGCUUCCGAAAGCUCUCUGAGACUAGUCUCUGCUCCCAUCUCUGAGAUGCUAUGUUCCUUUGCUGCCAUUGUAUCGAGAGAGUUCUGCUCGAAAGGACAAAAGGAAGCACCGUUGAAUGCUAAAUGUUUUGUUGAAUUUUAAAAAUAAAAAAUAAAAUAAAGUAGCUGAACUGAAUGUGACCGCGAGAGGAAAUACUUUUAUUUUGGUUUUGGCUGGAACACCUACUUAGGUUUUUUAAUGUGUCAACACUGCCACCUUGCGCCGAAAGGGAAAUCUAUCUUUUAAAGCAUACAGCUGUGCGGUAAGUCAUCUGUGCAGGGCUAACAUCCCAUAAUUGCAAAUUGCCUGAGGUGGGUGUUUGGUGAUUCUGCCUUCCUGGUGAAAGCAUGGUCCUCUCUCCUGUUGCCUCCCAAACCUUUCUCCUCCUCUCUUCCCCUCUACAGCAUUAGACAGGGCAGUACUACUGCUUUCUCGGCCGACACCUCCCCCUCCUUUUUGUUUUUAUAUAAUCCAUUUCUUACAUUAACAUGUCACCUUUUUUCCCUCCAAGGAGCUCAGAGGUGUGGUACCUUGGUUCUCAAACUUAAUCCGUUCCAAAACCAAAGCGUUCCAAAACCAAGGUGCGCUUUCCUACAGAAAGUAAUGCAAAAAUGGAUUGAUCUGUUCCAGACUUUUAAAAACAACCCCUAAAACAGCAAUUUAACAUGAAUUUUACUAUCUAACAAGACCACCGGUCCAUAAAAUGAAAGCAAUAAACAAUGUACUGCAGUCACACAAUCAGUCAAUCAGUAGCUGGACUGACUGGGUUCCACAUAGUCACAAAAGCAAAACAAAACAAAACAAAACAAAACAAAACAAAACGAGCCACAAAAACAAAACCACAAAAUAAAUAGCAAAAAGAGACAGAGCUCAGUGUAACACUCGAAACGGAAGUGUAGCACUCAAAACGGAGCAUGUUCGGCUUCCGAAAAAAGUUCACAAACCAGAUCACUUGUUUCUGGGUUUGCAGUGUUUGGGUUCCAAGUUGUUUGAGUUCCAAGGCGUUUGAGAACCAAGAUACCACUGUACAUUGUUCUUCCCUUUCUCCAUUUAAUCCUCCCAACAAGCCUGUGAGAGGGGGUGUCUUGUUAAUUCCCCCAGUGCUCCAGCAGAUGACAUUCCAUUUCCUCUGGAAAAAGACCUGGGGUGGAACUCUCGUAUUAUGGACUUCCUCCACGGUUCUGCUGGGCUCCAUACAUAGAGCUGAUCAUGGUGCAAUUGCUUGCAAAUGGAUGUCGUGUGAUUGUAGAAAAUUGCUGCCAAAUGCAACAAAAAUUGAUUUUACUUCUGAAAACAAAACAAAAAACCACAUUUCUUUCUUUAGACUAUCUAUAACCUGCUUUAUCAAAAAUGUUUCCUAACACAAUAAAGCUGGGAAUAAAACACAACUGAAGUCGACAGUCCAAUGGAAACAGGCAUACAGAAAGCCAACAGCACAAUUCCUAAUGACAACUUCUCCUUGUUUGCACAGCAGGUCCCAGCCAAGUAUCGACAAAUACCUUAACAACGUCGAAAGUAGCCUAUUUUAAGAGGAAAUAUGCAGAAGAAGAAGAAGAUUUACAUCAGGAUUACCAGGGGUAUUUUCCAAAAGUGAGUAUGCUUCCGAGAUCAAAAAGAAUUGACCUCCCCCCGCCCCUGAAAAACAAUAACUCUCUGAUUUUGACAAACAAUCAAAGAGAGCCAGUGUGGAGUAGUGGUUAAGGGCAUUAGUCUUGUAAUCUGGUGAACCGGGUUCGCUUCCCCGCUCCUCUACAUGCAGCUGCUGGGUGACCUUGGGCUAGUCACACUUCUCUGAAGUCUCUCAGCCUCACUCACCUCACAGGGUGUUUGUUGUGGGGGAGGAAGGGAAAGGAGAAUGUUAGCCGCUUUGAGACUCCUUAAAGGGAGUGAAAGGCGGGAUAUCAAAUCCAAACUCUUCUUCUAAUUUACAACAUUGCUGUAGAGAGCUAAUUUCAAUCCAAUAGGUAAAGGUAAAGGGAUCCCUGACCAUUAGGUCCAGUUGUGACCGACUCUGGGAUUGCGGCACUCAUCUCGCUUUAUUGGCCGAGGGAGCCGGUGUACAGCUUCCGGGUCAUGUGGCCAGCAUGACUAAGCCGCUUCUGGUGAACCAGAGCAGUGCACAGAAAUGCCGUUUACCUUCCCACCAGAGCAGUACCUAUUUAUCUGCUUGCACUUGGACGUGCUUUCAAAUGGCAGGAGCAGGGACCGAGCAACGGGAGCUCACCCCGUCGUGGGGAUUCGAACCGCCGACCUUCUGAUCGGCAAGUCCUAGGCUCUGUGGUUUAACCCACAGCGCCACCCGCAUCCCUUCAAUCCAAUAGAGAGGCCAAAUUUAUUUAUUUAUUUGAUGCUUUUAUAUACUAUUUUCUGUCACAAAGUGACCUCUAAGUGGUUUGCACAGAGCACGCAAAACAAUAAAAACACAAGUUCUGAAAUGCCUUUGUUACUCAUAGCAGUUGUUUCCCAAUGAAUUCAGAAGGACCCCAUUUGCUUUAAUUUUUCAUUCCAUCUGAAGCAGAAAUCCAAAGUCCCAUAGCCUUUCUCAAGCUGGUGCCCUCCAGAAGUUGUAGAACAUUAUCUCCUAUCAUCCUCAUUCCGCCUGCCCAAUGAUCAGGGGUGAUGGGAGAUUCGGAAUAGGGCAACCAAAAUGUUUAAGGAGGUGGAUCAACGCUCCUACAUAGAAAGGUUGCAGCAUUUUGUGCCUUUGUAGUUUAGAGAAAAUGGUGACAUGGUGGAAGUUUGUAAAAUUAGGCAUGGUAUGUAGAAUGUGGAUGGGAACAAUGGUUUCUCCCUCUCUCAUAACACUAAAACUCAUGGAAACGCAGAGAGGCUGAAUGUUGGAAAGCCUCAGGACAGAGAAAAGGAAGGAUUUUGGGCCAGAGAACCCUAACGGUCCCUUCCAUCUCAUGAUGCAGUUCAACGGAGGGAGAAUCAGGUUCAAAUUUGGCCCACCUUUGUACAGGUUUUGAAUCCAGUCUUCUUCACCAUCUUGUGGGAAUGUUGUGGGUAGCAGGAGAGGAUAUACUGAUUAAAUAUUAUCCUUCCUAACUCACGCUAGUGAGUUUAUUCAUACAGCAGAGUACAUUCCCCUCUUUACACAGCAGGAAGCUAGUUGCAGAUUGGUUAGAAUCUCUUAAGUUCUAUUAUUCCUGGUAAGACCCCUUUGAUUCCCCCCCCUAAAAGAAUACAGACACAACAGUCUUCUUUUAAAAGUAAUAAGAAGUUUACUCACAUUCAGUUCACAGUUGGAUCCCUGAAGGCAGGCUUUAGCUUAGAGUUACAGAAGAGGGUUUGAGUUCAUCCCAUAUGGGAACUCAUCCCACAUGCAGUCCAAGACAAGAGAAGGCAUCAAAAGAGGAAGGUGGCUGUGUGACUGGACCUUUUGUUAGGUCUGGAAGGGUCACACCAACCUACCUGGUCACAUGCAAAGGAAGGGUGCUCCAGACCAGGUGUAACAGGAAGUUCAACUGGCUGGACCAACAUUCCCCUGCAUGUCCACUCUAGGCAAACAGGAAAUGUUGUAUUUGACUGCUUAUGUUGCAUCCCACACAUCUGAUGUUUCUGUUAUGUACUAAAUCAGUUUUCUGCGCUAACGGUUUCUAUUUCUCCUUUAAACUCACCUCAGCACCUGAUCCUGCCCGAAGACCGGACUUGUAUCUUGAAACUUUCUCUGCAGAAGCUCCAGUUCCUUGAAGAUCCUGAGAUCUACCUCCGCCGGUCCGUCUUGAUCAACAACCUGCUGCGGAAGAUUCACCUGGAAACGGAGAGGGAACGCUAUGAAUACUUUAAGGGGAGUCCGUGCUGCCGGACUGCCUACGCGGAUGCACGAAAACGGCUGAAGUUCAUGGUCCAAGAAUGCCGUUCUCAAUCCCUUUAUUACGAAGAGCUGCAUUCGUAUCAUAUCGUGCCUUACCCUACGGAGAAUGCCAUUUACGGAGUGGGCUACACGAGUGGCCAUCUGGAGCAGAAUUCUCAGUUGCUUAUUUAUAAGAUGGAGUAA